AUGGAGUUCAACGCCAAUCUCUUGAACAAGAUCCUCGCGGCCAAAGUGUUACCACCAAAGGAUGGGAAAGUGAUUUGUGCCAACUUCCACGGCUUCAACCACGCUGGAAAGACCGUGACCCGUCGUUCCGCUUUUGUCUGCCCACAUUUGGUUGGAAAAACUUCUGAAAAGUAAGUUUUUACUGUUCAUUGCUCUGAUUUUUAGUCAGGAGGAAGGGCUGAUUUUUUAGUAAAAAACUGUUGGAAGAAUCUUUAGAAGUCUUAUAUAUGGGUGCAAAUUUAAUUUUACGGUAUUUUUUGGUAUUUCCAACUAGAAGUGGUUGUUUUAGUACUAAAGGUAUGAAACAUUUUUUUUAUUUAGGAAGUACAAGAUCGAGGAUGAUGGCAUAGAGGAACUUGUCUACCUGUUCACCCCAAAAGAUCCAGACGACUUUUACGUAGAUGGAAAAUGGGAGGAAGGGUAUGUUUGUUUCUGAAAAACGCCUAUUUUUAACUUUCAUUUAUUUAUUAUAUACUUACACUUUUCUAGGAACAAGUUGCUAAAGUUGGAUCAGGCUAACCAAUUGCUAAAGCACCAUGGUACUCACCAAAGAGCGAAGUCGUGGAUGGUACGAAGUUUUGUUGUGUAUCAAGACAAGGAAGGUGAAAUGGGCUUUCUCAACGCCAACAACAUUCCUAUUCGUAUUAAGAGUGGUGCCGUUGACUUGUUUAACGCGAACGCGAAAGUGGUUGGAAAUACGGAAACCGGCGACUUGUGGCUGCCUGACAAUACUUGCAGGCAGGUCAAGGCGGACGGCGACAAGUACGAGUUGGUCUCUUCGAAAUGCCCAAAUCCAGAAAAACUGCUCCUCUCCUUGGUAAGUUGUUAUACAUUAUAGUUUAAACCUAACUUUUUAGGCUUGUCUCUUGUAAUCACUUUUGAGACAAGCCUUUUAAAAUCAAUGCGAAUACUUUUGACAAAGUUUUUUUUAUAUUUUAAUCAAAAUGUGCUCUUCAGGCUGCUUUGAAAGAGCAAAAGGCCAGACUGAGUGAUGCUGAAGCAAGUCCUGACAUCUUCGCCAUCUUGUACUACGAGUGAGUGAUCUUUUAUGGUUUAUAUGUCUUGUUAGGCGGAUCAUGUUUUAUUUUUAAUUAUUUUUAAACUUUUUACAAUUGUAAACCCUUUUAUCAUAAGCAUAAGUUAAAUAAUGAUGUUUUAGGGAAGCGCCGACCACAACGACGACGACGAGCACUACUACUACCAGACCCCUAACCACAGCUGAGUUCGUUGUCACUACCGAACCCACGACCACCACUGAUCAAAUGGAAAAGUUUAGGUAAGUUUAGUUUAGACAUUGAGGUAGUUGUUAAAAUAUGUCAUUUUAUAAUUAAAAAAUGCUUUUUUAAAUUGAAAAUGCGGCUAACAAGGAAAAGUACCCAGAAUCAGCUCAAAAUUUUUAUAUGAAUUCCUCGUGCCACCAAUAGUACCCACAAAAAAUUUUCGCUCGCGCUUUUGAGUUUUAAAUUUAAAUUUUUGUUUCCCGCCAAUUUGGCAAAUUUGGCAUUGUGUUUCAAGCACUUUUUUCGGCUUUCCAGAUAAGAUACGCUUACAAAUUUAAAAAUUUAGGUUCAUUUAAAGGUAUUCUACUAGUAUAUCAAAAAAAAUUGUAAAAAGUCAAAAAAUGACAAAGUUACAAACUUGAAACACAAUGCCAAGUUAGCGGGAAAUUCAAAAUGUCAUUUUUUAAUCUCGAUUUUCUCGAGAUUGACUCGAAAGCGCGAUUUAGUACUUUGCUGAAGAUCUUAUAUUUACUUGAUCUUCCUAUAUAAAAAGUUUGAAGUCAAUCAGAGCGGGGCAAGUCGGGCACUUUCCUUGUAAAUUCAAUUCAAAGUGGCAUACCUUUCUUUUGCUUGCUUUGGUUAUUUGUUCACAAUAUUCAUUUUAAAAACCCUUUUUAGAAAUAUUGGUUUUGGCAUGGUUGGAUUCGUUGCCAUAAUCGUAAUUAUCGCAUUGGUUGCAUGCGCAAUUCGAAAACGUGGCAAAAAGAAGGUUAAAGACAACGUGCCGGAGCAAGACAAAUCUAAAAAGCAGCGGAAAGAUAAGUUGAAUUCAAAAGAUAAGGCGGAUUCUAAAGAUAACGUGAAGGAAUCCGCCGACGCGAACCCAGAAGCUGAUUCGAAGGAUGUAGGUGAUUUGAAGAAAGUGGGUGGUUCGGAAGUAAUUGUGGUGAACCAAGUAUCGACAGGAAAUCCAGAAGGUGAACCGGUCACGAAGCCUGAAGCUGAUCCAGACGGUGACGCGAAUCUUGACGUUGCACAGAAAACGAAUGGAAAGCUUGAUGCGCAGCCAGACGCUCACGGGAAUCAACAAGCUGCACAGAACUCGGAUCGACAGCUUGAUGCGCAGCCAAAACAAAUAUUAUACGAUCAUUGUAAAAUAAGAUUCGAGGAGAGUAUUGCUUUCAAUUUAUUUACUUUUUCUAAGUGA